AUGAGAGUAAGACCAAAGAGGUCGGUCAUAGCGCUCAUGGCGGUAGUAAUCGUGGUACUCAUCUUUAGAAACCAGUUCUACUCAUCGCGAACGCGAGGGCAUGAGCAGGAACCCGUCGUCUCCUCCAGUCAAAACAAUCUUUAUGACGGGUGGAUAACACCAAACUUCUAUAGGGAGGGUGAUCCCUUGGAAUUAAUUGUGAAUAAGGUAGAAUCUGACUUAACACAAUUACCAUACGCAUACUAUGACUUGCCCUUUACUUGCCCUCCUACUAUGCAUAAAAAACCGCUUCAUUUAUCUCUGAACGAGAUAAUAAGAGGAGAUAGAAAAUGGGAAAGCGACUAUAAACUCACAUUUGGGGAAGACAAUCCGUGUGAAACGUUAUGUGCUCGGAAAACUACAAAAGAGGGGAUGCAGACCUUAGACAAGCUAAUAAGGGAGGGAUACGUCGUACAAUGGCUAAUUGAUGACGAAUUACCAGCUGCCACUACGUUUAUAUCCACAACUGAUCAUAAAAAAUACUAUGCAUCUGGGUUUCCUUUAGGCUUCAUGGAUCCUGAUACCGGCAAAACUUAUCUGCAUAAUCACGUAAUGCUAGUAAUUCGUUUCCAUGCCAGCAAUAACGAUAAAAAUACCGUAGUCGGCUUUGAAGUAUAUCCAAGAUCAGUGUCAGAUUAUCAUUGUCCCGGGGCAUCGAAGAACUACGAACAAUACGAAAUAGUCAUUCCCGAGGAUGAAAAUGAGUUGACCUAUUUGCCAUUCACUUACUCUGUGUAUUGGAGAGAGGAAUUUGAAGUAGAUUGGAAUCAUAGAUGGGACUAUUUCUUAAACGCAGGUGAAUUGUCUGACGAACAGAGCAUUCAGUUCCAUUGGAUGAGUUUAGCCAAUUCAGUGGGAAUCGUAUUGUCCAUAUCAUUUAUCACGCUCAUUAUUUACGUACGAGUCAUGUACACGGAUAAAAACAAUUCAGAAUCCACCAAAUAUACGAUAAAUAUAGAAGGAAUUGAAGCGGAGGAUGGCCUGGACGACGACAAGUAUGGUAAAUACUCCGUUUACAUGGUGACGAAGGAUUGGAUACAAAAUGGUAGACCGGAUCUGUUUGGAUUGAAAGUUUUAAUCGUGUUAGUCUCAUUUGGGGUACAGUUUCUAUUUACCAUAAUUGGAUCAUUAACAAUAUCAUGCUCGAUGAACAAAUUACAUAAUGUAAGAAACAGUGUGCUCACUAUGGCCAUAUUAUGUUUUGUACUUGGAGCAUUCAUGGCAUCAUUCGUUGGGACAAGACUUAGUAUAGUAACGAAAACAAAAAGAAUCAAUGCCAAUUACCUUGACGACAACAGAUACUCCAAAAACCGUAAGAAAUUUAGUCCCAUUUUUGCUAUACUUUGUGGGUCUAGCUUACCUGGCAUAGUAAUGGUAAGCACAUUUCUAUUAAAUAGUGUUGUUUGGGCACAUGAUUCUACUAAUGCAUUACCAUUUAAGACUAUCGUAUUUUUCUUGAGCAUUUAUUUCAUUGUCUGUAUACCGCUCAGUUUGUUUGGCGGUAUUGUGGCCAAUAACAUACCUCUUCCUCAAUAUUGGUUGAGUGGAAUUACUAAGGAUGAAAGCGAUAGUAAUAGCAAUAGAUUAUUCGUACCUAAAUCACGAACGAAGUUCAACCCAUUGAUUUAUUGCGGCAUUUAUUUAUGUGGUAUUUUCCCCUUGUUAGUAAUUUACGUGGAAAUGCAAUACGUUUACAAAUCUCUUUGGUUGGAGAAAACUACAUUUUAUUAUUUUUACGGAUUCCUGUUCUUGAGUAUCAUACUAUUAUGUGUGCUCACUAUGGAGAUAUCAAUCAUUGGGAGUUAUUUAUUAAUAAGAUUUUGCUUUGAAGAUAAGGUGGUCCGUAACAAUUGGAGAUGGAAAUGCUUUGAGAUGGGAUUCAGCGGUGGAGUAUAUAUGGAAUUGUACUCGCUCUAUUACAUUUUCGCAGUGCUAAACAUUCACGGUUUUUCAUCUAUCUUAAUUUCCAUUUGUUAUAGUUUACUUUUCAACGUAAUGUGCGGCUUGGGGCUUGGUGCAUUAAGUUACUUAACGGCUUCAUGGUUUAUAAAUAAAAUAUACCACUUGAAAGUCAACAUGUAA